CUCAAUCUGUGGGCGUUUGUGUCCAUUUCUUCAUCAAGGGUGUGUCCCUUGUGUCGUGAUGUUUCUUGAGUGACAGAAAACUUAGGGGCAAUAAAGACCCAGACAGCUGUGCUGCUCAAUUGACAGACAGGCCCCUCCAGAGAAACCUGGGAAGAGUCUGCACUAUCAGCUCCCUCUCUAAAGUCAGCACGUGGACCUGACCCCUCUUUGGCGCCCAGCCUUGUUGGCAACUAAGAGAGUGGUGAGACAACCUGGCUUUAAGGAGCAGCUACUUCUAGAAUCAGAUCAGUCAAGGGUGCUGAGAACCGGACUCAGAAUCAGAGGAGACAUGAGCAAUCCUCGACCUUUGGAGGAGGAGGCAUAUGACAUGUCAGGUGCCCGCGUAGCCCUGACGCUGUGUGUCACCAAAGCCCGGGAAGGUUCGGAGGCAGACCUGGUCGCCCUGGAACGCAUGUUCCAGCAGCUGGGAUUUGAGAGUACCAUAAAGAGAGACCCCACUGCUCAGCAAUUCCAGGAAGAAUUGGAAAAAUUCCAGCAGGCCAUUGAUGCCCGGAAAGACUUCGUCAGCUGUGCUUUCGUGGUGCUCAUGGCACAUGGGCUAGAAGGUCAACUUGAAGGAGAAGACGAGCAGAUGGUCGAGCUGGAGAACCUCUUUGAGGUUCUAAAUAACAAGAAUUGCCAGGCCCUGAGAGCCAAGCCUAAGGUGUACAUCGUGCAGGCCUGUCGAGGAGAACAAAAGGACCCUGGUGAAACAGUAGGCGGAGGCAAUAUUGAGAUGAUCACAAAAGACAGUCCCCAAACCAUCCCAACGUAUACAGACGCCCUCCACGUAUACUCCACGGUGGAGGGGCACCUUUCCUACAGACAUGACAAAGAAGGCUCCUGCUUCAUCCAGACCCUGGUUGAAGUGUUCACAGAGAGGAAAGGACCCAUCCUGGAGCUUCUGUCUGAGGUAACCCGGAGGAUGGCAGAAGCAGAGGUGGUUCAGGAAGGGGAAGCAAGGAAAGUGAACCCUGAAGUACAAAGCACCCUUCGGAAACGGCUCUAUCUGCAGUAGAUGUAGAAAGGACUGGGAGGGACAUCCUUUCGGGUGCUCUGUCUCCCCCUUAGAUGUUUAAAGGCAGCUCUCACUACUCCCCCAGAAUCUUCUUUCCCCUCCCUCCCCCGCCAAAGGUAAACGUCACUCCGUCCUUUCAUCACACCCCUCACGCAGGUUCAACCUGUCCCUGUCGUUCUUAAAGCAAUCCAACUAAAACUGAGCACAGGCAUGGUUGUAACAGUAACAUCGCCUCCCUCAGGCUGGGCUAUUUACCUCUAUUAAUGCAACCAAGAGGGUACUCACUUUAUCACACUUUCUGCUCCUAUGCUUAUCUGAAACUCAUUCUAGCUUUUAUGAGUUAUACCCAUACAAAUGUAACUGGAUGAAGCUCAAGAGUUUUCACUAAUAAACCAAUGCUCACUCACCUCCUCCCAUCUCAAUCAAAUUUUUGCUGGCUUCUAAAUCUCACCUAGAGUUGUAACCUCUUCCUGAGCCCACAUCCAUUCCAGAGAUUCCCUCCCAAUUCCUAAAAAUUCAGUAAGGCAAGAAUCAUUCUCUCUCCUUCUUGGCUAGCAAGCUGGUGCCUUGACACUGUUCUCCUAGUUUAUGGGCUCUCUCUGGCUAAUAGAGAUGCCUCCUCCUUUUCUGGUUC